UCUCAUUCCACAUUAAUUAUUUUACAUUACGUUAACUAUAUUGUAUUUUCUGAGCGGCGAAUAUCCUUGUUCUCAUAGUGGAAGCUCUGAUAGUGUGUCCACUUUCGAAUAUUCAGAUUAUAACAGAUUUGCAGCAAUGCCGCAGGACAUGAAUAUUUUAUGUUGUUAUUCUUGCAAAAUGUAUCAAGUACAUAUAGUGAAAAAAGCACGCAAAUGGCAGUGCAAGUUGUGUAAUGCAAAACAAUCUAUACGGAAGGUAUAUUUUCAAGGAUCUGGCAAAGAUUGUCGUCUUCAUGUCCAACAUUUGAAUUCUUUGAAAACAAAUGAUACAUCAUUUUUCUUACAUUCUGAACAAGAAGAUAGCAAUAACAGUGCUACAAGUAUUGCUCAAGAAUCAGACAUUAAUACUCUUGUUGAAAGUAAGCAGGCAAAAUAUCUAGACUCACCCGAAAAAAAAAAUUCAUUUGAUGCGGAAGAUUUAUCUUCUGAUAAUAUUCAUGAGAUUGAAGAUAUGACAAAUGAAAAAUCCGUAUGUAAUGCGGUAAACAAUGAAUUUUGUAAUUUCGGAAAUUCCGUCGAUUAUUUUGAAAGUGAAAAUAUUGUUGAUAACACAGAGAAGUUAUGUGCUACUAAUUUUAAUUACAAUCUUAGUAAUGAAAAUAAAUGCAAUUUACAAGACAAUGAUAAAUUAAGCAAAAAUCGCGAUAUUGUUGCUAACAUCUUUGAAACUUACAGCGAAUUAGAUGAUCCUCUCGAUAUUUAAUUUUCUUGAAUAAUUGAUAGAAUAUUCCUGCAAAUUAAGAAAAGGACAACGCAGGAACCUAUACUAUACUUUAAUUGAAUAUAUUAUUUUCCUGAAAAGAGAGUAACAUUUUAUUACAGAAUUUAAUACAUAAAAAAUUCAAGAAAAUAUAUGUCAAAUUGUUUUUUCCAUAAAUUUCAAUAUUCUACAAUUUCAAUUAAAUGCAUAAAUUAUUUAUCUACUUCUCAUUAUCUAUGUACAUAUGUAUUUCUGUGGUAACUAAUGUUUUUUAAUUUAAUGAUUCCUAUAUAAAGAAUAAUAUCGCAGAGACAAAAUGUUUUUUUUUUCUUCUAAAUUCUAGACUUAAAUAUAUCGUCUUCUCUUGUUACAUUUCUUUUGCAUGAUAAAAAUAAAUGAAUAACAGAACUUACUAUAUAAUGCAGAGUUCUUUAGGAAAAAUAGAAUACUGGUUAAAAAAUUCACUGUUACAUAUUUUAUUUAAAACAAAUAAUUCAAAUUUAUGAACUAUUACAAUAUCUGCAAAGAAUCUCAUGCAAUACGUCAUAAACAUGUUAAAUAAUUAAGAAAUAAUUAUAGCGCAAUUAAAGGACUAUGUUAAAAUAUGUAAAUAUCACAUUUAUUUUUGUAUUAUUCCUUAUUAAUUAUAUUUAUUAAUAUACGCCAGCAUUCUACUUUUCCUCAAUGUAUAUUAUGCGUUAUCAAUAAUUAUUUUACUAUACUAAAACAGCUGUGCUGAAAAACAAUGGCGACAAAUAUUUAUCGUUAAAAGAUUUAAAGCCCCAAAUAAAAGUUCUCUAAUUACAAUAA